AUUUAUUCUUAAAGAGCUAAAAGCCAACCACAUAAUUUGAGUACGUACUCCACACAGUCCAUUCAUCUGAAUCCUGCUGAAUUAAACAAUCAAAUAAAUAAACAAAAAUUAUUGCGGUGUUGGUUAGAUUACACGAAAACAAAAAUUUUAUAUUAUAAAUAAAAUUGAUUCUGUCAUUUGUUUGAUGUGAAGAUAAUAUGAUAAAAAUCUAUGAUAUUCUAUCAGAUUUUCAUUAAACACUGAUUAUGAGUUCGCUUUUCUUACGUGAUUUUAACGCUGUUACACUCAAAGGUAUUCUUGUUUAGUAAAAAUGGAGCUAAAAGGCUGUAGCUUGUUACGCUUCUAAUAUGACAGAAAAAAAGCCCAAAAGUCUCUUUGAAAAUUUGGGAAAGCCAACUCUGAGAGGUGUUAGAAAAUGUCCUAAGUGUGGCACCUACAAUGGCACAAGAGGGCUGGCAUGCAAGAAUAAAGAUUGCUCUAUGAAAUUUAAGGUUUUAAAAACCAAACAUUCGGAUGCAGCUGAGGCUGUCAAAAUAAAUUCGUGCAAUAUAUUUGGCUUGCAAAUAUUUUCUGUGAAAAUACAGGAAGCUGAAGAUGACAGUCGAUGCUUUAUCCGCCUUCCACUUAUUGAAGGAAUGGAAACAUUGCAAGAUGAACAGGAAGUCAGCAUCAUCACCAGAAGUGCUGCUGUAUGUUUUGCUGCGAACUGUCGGAAACCGACCGAGGACACGAACACCAUAACUCUUAAUAUGAAUCCAUGUAACCAUACCUUGCCUGUUGUUAAUUGUACGGUGGAAGCAAAGCCUUUGAUUUUAAAAGAGGCAAUUUUGAAUGUUCUUCCAAUUUCGGAUGCUAUGAAGCAGGAAAUUUGUUCCUUAAUAACUAAACCUGAAGAGGAGACACAUUUGGUUCAGAGGAUAAACAAACAUACAAUGGUUGUGAAGUGUGUACCUGAUGAAUCACAUCCUCUGGGAUUCCUACAUUUCUUCCUUUACGAGCCAGUAAAAAAUGCCAGGAAAUAUAAAAUACUUUGUGAAUGCAAAGCUGGGGUUACAAAGCCGUUUGUACCUCGAGAGAAACAAUUAUGUGUUCACUAUUACAUGUGUGUAUGUGCCUUUGCAAGUGAUGAAAAACUUUCUGAUGAGUUCAAAAAUUUGUUUAAUAUGGUGUUCAACUUAAAGACUCCAAGUGAUGUCACAGUUGAAGAAGUUUUAAAGUGUUCUUUAUCUGAGGAAUUUUCCGAGUUAAAAGACUUUUUUGUUGAUGAAAUUGCACCACCUUCCAAAAAGAAAAAACAAUUAACACUAAAUUCAGAUAUAUAUUUGUUGCAAGAAAACGGGACUGAAAAGGAACAGAAAAGAGUGUAUGUAUCUACAAAAAACAUUUUGAAUUCAAUUGAAGAUAAACCUGUACUUAGCUUUGACUCAUGGCUAAACAGUGUUGUUGAACGAAUUAACCAAACUAUGCAUUAUCAGUUUAAUGGUCAGCCAGAACCUUUAGUCUUCCAAGUUCCACAGUCUUUCUUCAACAUCAUCCAACAGCGUUUAUCUGAAGGCUCCAAAAAGAAACGGCUUCCUAAUUCAGUUGUUGGAUACAAUAGAAAAGAUGCCUUACCAAUUGGGAUAUUUUCCAAGUAUAUCUGGAAAAUUACAAAUAUUAUCCAGUUGAAACGUGUUUUUUAUACUCCAGAUGUUACAUUAGAAGUACAAAGAAGUUUCACAGAAGUUCGAGAUGGUGUUUUUGUACCUUUGCAAGAAGAUAAAUUGGAUCCAGAAGCAGCAUAUUUGAGAAAGCUCUUAGAAUCCAAACCAAAACAUAUAAAUCCAGUAGAACUGAAAACUUUUCUCAAAGUUGGCCAUACUGCAUUGAGCCAAACAGAGCCUACUCCUUUCACUAUUGAAUGGAUUCCAGACAUUUUGCCUGUCUCUAAAGUUGGGGAAAUGAAACUUAUAUUUGAAUAUGGACACCAGCGUAAUGGAAUAGUGGAACAUCGAUUUCCGACGACUUCUGAGAGCAGUAGUAAAUGAAUGCCUUAAAUCUGUUAAUAUUUUCUGUACAUAUAUUUAUAAAAUCAAUUACCUAUGCAAUAUUAUGUAAACAAAUAUAUAUCUUUAGAUUAAAGACUUAUUUAGUAUAAA